CUGUCUUGUUUGCUGACUGGUGAACUUCCUGGGUCAGACGCUGCUGCUCAGCCUCCAUUGUAAGCCGGGGGGAGCCCGGGCUGUGCCGUUGGUGCUCCCCAGCGCGCUCUAUACAAGCCCAGCCCGGGUGGGGACUUUCUGCGGGGGCUGGAACCAGCCCCGGGCUCUGCCGCCACCAGCCCCUGAGCCUGCAGAUGUGCCGGAUCUUAAGCCACUUGGUGCCUUUGUGUGACUGUUUCCACGUGACCCCCUUUCUCGUGAAUAUCGUGACAGCCCCUGAAAAGACCCACAUGGAUCUGUGGGAAGGAUUGGGGACCUUUGCAUUUUUGUAAUCUACUUGGCUCUAAGUCCAGAGUGUGUGUCUGCAGGGAAAGAGCCUGGGAGGAAUUGGGGUGUGAAAUGGACUAACACCCCUUCUGGAACCUGCCCCAUCGCCCUUCUCACCCUGACAGGCUGCAGAAUCACGUCCACGUUCGCUGCAGAUCGUCCCCCUCUGCUGGGAGACAGGGCAGGGAAAUGGCUUCCGCACAGCUGGUGCAGGAUGCAGCACUGCUCACUGAGAUGCCGGUGACCUUUGAGGAUGUGGCUGUGUAUUUCACUGAGGAGGAAUGGGCUCUGCUGGACUCCAGUCAGCGAGCCUUCUAUGCGGAUGUCAUGCAGGAGAACUAUGAGAACGUGACCUUGCUGGGAUUUCUGAUUUCCAAACCUGACAUGAUCUCACAGCUGGAACAAGGGGAAGAGCCUUGGGUCCCAGAUCUCCAGGACUCUGAGGAAAGCAGGAUCCUAAAAGGUGCCCGCAUAGCAGGUGACUGGAUGGUGAGUGAGAAUGAGGAGGAGAAUUCCCUGCAGAAAGCUCAUAAACAAGUGGAGUUGCAUGGAAUGCUACUGGGAGGAUCCACAGUGGAUGCUCCUGCACAGGGAGAAGCUGGUGGGAGUCAGCUUGGAUCAAAGGGGAAGAAGGAAAACCAUGCAGGGAAGGGACAGAGCAAAUCCACUCCCCAUGAGGGUGGUUCCAGAGACGUUCACAAAACCACAGUCCAGCAGCCCGGAGAGACACCGAAAAUAUGCCAGUACUGCGGGAAAAUCUUCAGCUGCAACUCACACCUCACUAGACACCAGAGAACCCACACGGGGGAGAGACCCUAUGAAUGCCCUGUCUGUGGGAAAAGCUUCGGUCAGAGCUCGCACCUGAUUGUACAUGAGAGGAUCCACACGGGCCAGAGACCCUUCAAGUGCGAUGAAUGUGAGAAAAGCUUCAAUAGCAGCACGCGCCUCGUUGGACAUCAGAGACGCCAUAGGAAGAAGAAACUCUCUAAAUUCCCUCUGUUGGCUAGAGCAAAUACCGUAUUUCCCAAUUCCUUGAGUAUCCAGCUACCUCUUUCUGGGGUCAGGGGGCAGUUGCAGGUGCCUCUGGUCUGCUCAGUGAAUCUCUGGCUCUGCCUCCAGUACCAGGAGGGGCCGGGUCUGUGCUGUAAUAAAGUGACUAUGGACUUUCCCAGCUUUGCAGAGUCAGAACCUCUGUGUGCAGGAGACAAACCUGGGGGGAGUCAAGGUGUGAAGUGGACUAAAACCCACUCUGACGCCUCCCCAAUCACCUCUCUCCCUGGCAGGCUGCAGAAUAACAUCCGUCCAGUCCAGCCACGUCAUCCCAGAAACGAAAUGGCUUUAGCACAGCGUAUUCAGAUGCCGGUGACCUUCGAGGAGGUGGCUGUGUAUUUCUCUGAGGGGGAAUGGGCUCUGCUGGACCUGGGUCAGCGAGCCCUCUACAGGGAUGUCAUGCAGGAGAACUAUGAGAACGUGACCUCACUGGGAUUUCUGAUGUCCAGACCUGACUUGAUCUGUCAGCUGGAACAAGGGGAAGAGACAUGGGUCCCAGAUCUCCAGGGCUCGGAGGAAAGGGGGAUCCGGAGAGGUGCCUGCACAGGGACUGACUCCGGUCUGGAUUCUCUCCUUAUCCCAGCAGGUGACGAGAUGUCGUGUAAGAAUGAGGAGGAGAAUCCUCAGCAGGAAGGGCCUGCGCAAGUGAAAUUGUGUGGGAAGGUAUUGGGAGGAUCCGCAGGAAAUGUUCCUGCACAGGGAGAAAUUGGUGGGAGUCAGAAUGGAUCAAAGAGGCAAAAGGAAAAGGACUCAGGGAAGGGACAAAGUAAAUCCACUUCCCAUGAGGGUGGUUCCAGAGACAGCAACAAAACCACAGUUCAGCAGACCGGAGAGACGCAGAAAAUAUGCAUAGACUGCGGGAAAAUCUUCAGUUGCAUCUCGCACCUCAUUAGACACCAGAGAACCCACACAGGGGAGAGACCCUUUAAAUGCCCCGACUGCGGGAAAGGUUUCGGUCGGAGCUCGCACCUGGUUGUACAUGAGCGGAUCCACACGGGAGAGAGACCAUACAAGUGCGAUGAAUGCGAGAAAAGCUUCAAUCAGAGCCCACACCUUAUUAGACACCAGAAACUCCACCUGAUGGACAGACGCUGUAAAUUACCUGGCUGGGGUGGAGUGAAUGCUGCAUUUCCCAAUUCCUUGAGUAUCCAGCUGCCUAUUGCUGGGAUCAGGGGGCAGCUGCAGGUGCCUCCAGGCUGCUCAGUGAAUCUCUGGCUCUGCCUCCUGUAGCAAACCACAGGCAGCGGAGAAGCCCCAAUCAGUUUUUCCUCAUUGCUGUGCUGCCAGGCCCCUCUGCCACUUGCCAGCCAGGUGGUGAUCAGGGAAAGAAGAACCCAACUCCCCUAGACACUCAUCUCCCUGGACUCAAAUACCUUUCCAGUAACCAAUUUCUUGAGCUAAGCCACCUUUCUCAGGGCAGAGACCUGUCUCUGCACCAUCCUCUGGGACGUAGGCUGCGCCUCCCCCACUUACUGGCGUUCAUGUGGGGUGGAUGCCCCAGAGGCCCUUCCCUUGCAGACUUUGGGAGAAAACCAGGGAGAUCAAAUGUUCGGGGGACUACGAGAGGAAGAAUGGGCAGGGAACGGGUUGCAGAUGACUGAAUUAGCAAGUGAUCAAGUGCUGAGACUGGACAACUCUGCACUAGUUGGCCAGAGCUCAUUGCUGCAAAGAGGAACACCAGCUCGAAGGAAAGGAACAAGGUUUUGUGUACCAGGAUCAUGGUUACUGUCUGCAAUGAACUUCCUGCCCCGUGAGCCACCAGCAGCUCUGAGACCAGCACUCGGGCACUUCAGUCGGUCAGUGCAGAGUCGCAGCCCCUAAGGGUCAAUUUCUGAUGUUGGGUUAAAAUGACCUCAGAGCACCCUGGUAACUCAAGAAUUACAGGGCGGGGGGGUUCCUCACUGGGCAUCUUCGACAGAAAUUAGAGACCAGUCAUUUCCUAUGUGUAUUUGGGGUUUGCAACAAGAAGUGGAUGAGUGGGUGUUGGGAAAGGAAUGUGUGACUUAUCUCUGGGGAAAUCAUUGGGGUAUUUAACAGUAAUUUAUUCCAAUUCUUCAGAAUGUCUAAAAUUAGAGUGACUAGUAUGGGUCACUGACAGUCCAGAUCUUUGUCCUUCCUAAACAAGUGGAGUAGGGCUCAGUGAGGGGUCCCGCUGUGAGGCCACUCUGCUCACUGGGGAAUGGGAUUGAUUCUUUGAUGCCCGUUGCCCAUUUCAGGUAACGUUUCACCCCAUCUGAGCUAGUUAUUCCCUCUCCCUGAACUAUCUCUCUGUUGCACCUCUUUAUUUCUAUUUUGGUAAAUAAAACCUGCACAUACAGACGCUG